CUGAGAGAUGACUGGAAUUCCUCAUCUGGCUGAGAGUCAUUCUAAGUCUCUGGCUGUAGUUCCUGUCCUAUCCGCUCUAACGCUGGAUGCUUUCCUCUGCACCGCUUUCUCUGGCGUCUCAGUCAGGGAAGGCAGCUCUCAGGGGACUAACUAUCUGGGCUUUUCCUCUUCCUGCUCUGAAGUGCAGACGAAGCUUUGCUACAAUCUGUGGCGAUAGGCAUUAAUUAGCUUGCCUUGGCUAAUGAGCUUAGCUGAGCUGAGAGGCUUUUAGCUGCGCAGCCCGUUGUUGCUGAGCGCCAGCGGAGCAGAGGAGUAGAUCUAAGGGCUCCACCGCUCCUCACCUACUGGUGCUGCCGCUGUGGCUGGGACGUCUCCCUCCCUCUCCAGCUUCAUCUGUCCUAGAACAUCGGCAGUCUGCUCCAGUAGCUGUAUCACUUCUUAGGCAGCUCUCUCUCUCUCUCUCUCUCUCUCUCGCUCCCUUUGUAUUAAUAUCUUCAUCUCUUUCCUGUGUUGCUCUCUGUCCUGACUUUGUUGCCAAAAUGUACCGGAACCCAUGGAUCUCCAAUUACCUGACUCACGUCAAGUUUUGCAGCCAAGGACUUGAGAGUGAGAACCCUGUCACACUAAGCAAUCCCAGAUUGUUGCAGAAGAGAGCUCUGAGCUUCCAGGCGGAAAAAGACAGCUCAGCCAACAGCACCAAGGACAUAGAUGUUGGUCUGUUGUCCGGUCUCCCUAAAGUCUCUGAAUUAAGGAAACGAUUUGAAGGCAUUACUCUAAGUUCUAGCGACUGGGAAAUGAACAGAAAGGAGCGCGUUGCUCGGCGCCUGGAAGGCAUUGACAGCGAGGUUCAUCCGUCUCUGUUGCCAAACCUGGUGGCCAACCGUCUACUGGAGGAAGAUAAGCCAAGAUACACCAGGGCCUCAGACCCCUGUGAACCGUUUGCUGUCCAGAGGUAUGGAGAUGGAUUUGAAGGGCCAGCGAUGCAGGGGACCGCUCCAGAGCGACCGUCCAGGGUUUCAUGCAGGCCUGACCCCCCAUUGUCCAUCCACACACAGCCAGUCGGCAGUUCAGGCUCCAACACCAGGGUCCAAGAGCUGGAAUCCAAGGCGGAACGGAUCGCCCGCUACAAGGCGGAGCGGCGCCGGCAACUUGCUGAGCGCUAUGGUAUCUCCUUGGAUCAGGAGCUCUAUCGUCCCGCUCCGCAUACUCGCACGUCCAAGGAGUCGGAAGGCUCGAAAAGCCAAAACAAAGAGGAGAUGCAGAGGGAAGACUUGACCUCCUACACCAGCUCAUCUGCCACCAGCCCAAAGCCUGGACGCACAGCACCACAGCACAGCCAUCCUAGCCUGGGCUAUGAGGUGUCUCAAACUGCGACGGACUCGCUCUCGCAGAGGGAGAGGUUGAUGAACCUGGAGAACCAGCGUAGGGCUGCGCAUCCUGAGCCAUCCUCUCUGUCCUCGUACAUGGAUGUCACGUUUUCCUCCACUGCCAAGGGUCCGACUAAGGACUCUUCAGUCACAGGGAUGCCACCCAGUUCACCCAAGAUGAGCAGACACCGUUCCCUGUCCUCACCCAAACACAGCGUCUCUGCAGGGGACAUCGACAAACAGGCUUAUAACCCUCUCAGCAGACAGGGCAUGAGGACAGAACAGAAAACUGAUUGGUUCCUCCAGACUGAUGCUGAGGGCGACACCCAGUCCCUCAUCAACUGGCCGUCAAGAGUCAAAGUUAGGGAGAGGCUUGCCAGGGAGGACGGCUGCCACCGGAGCCAGGAGCUGGGACAUGUGACAGACGUUCCAGGCUACCGCAGACAAGUCCAGCACCCAUGCCAGAUGUCUGCCCAUUAUUGCACAGACCCACCAGAGUCACAGCGGACUGGUUCCCAGCCCAAAUAUGCUACAGAGGCACUGCCCUCCCAACUUGGACAGGAGAUUGGCAGUUACCCCAGUUACUUGUCAAUGGCCUCUAGUCCUAUGCCCAGAGGCAGGCAGCAGCAGGCCAGGGAGGAGGAGGCUGAGGACACGGGAGAUGUGAAGACAGAGGGCCUUCUGAAGAGCAGGAAGGCAGUGCUGCCAUCAGAGAUCCGUCGGAGGGAGAGGAGCACGGAGGACCCGUGGAGAGGACGAGGAGACCAGGACCUGGGGACGACCAGAGUGAAAAGCCAGAGCCAUGCGAGAGAGGGUGAGACAGAGGAUCCUGUAAGAGAAAGAAGCAGACCCAGCUGGGAAGAAAUGCAGUACACCUCCCACCUGCAAGCAGCAGAGAACAGGCCUAGAGAGCAGGAAAAAGCCUCUCAUCUCUCCAAGACGUGGGCCGGUGCCCACACCCAGCCCAGAGUGAUGCAUUCAGGCCCAGCAGGCUCCACCUACUACUUUGCUACAGAUCCACAAGGACCCAGUGAGAAGAAGCACCAGAGUUAUGACCCCCCCGAGGUCGGGCAGGGUGACCGUUUCAACAACCAAGAAAGUCACCAUGACAACCGCGUGUCUGUGACCCAGCUCAAACAUUCCUACAUGGAGAGUACCAGCACCCCUCCAAGCAGCCGCCGGAUUGACACUGAGGUUGAGGGGGGCAGGACAUUCAUGGGCUGUGAGGCCCCUUGGAGAGGUGACAGGGGGCGCAGGCCCCGUCAAUAUGUCUGCCCUGGGGAGAGUAGAAAGACCUCGGAGAGGUUUAGGACGCAGCCCAUCACUUCUGCUGAGCGCCAGGAGACCCAUAGGUCCUGUGUUGGUUCAGAUUUAGCUUCCACAGAAGCAGCUGAUGAAGAGAAGCUAGACGACCGGGCCAAGCUGAGUGUAGCAGCCAAGCGCUCUCUGUUCAGGGAACUAGAGAAAAGCAUAGAUGGCGGGGUUCCUAAGCCACGAUCCAGGAAUGGAGUGAUUGACAGAAGAAUGAGGCGAACCCAGGACCGAUCCAGAACUCAGCCUGUCACCACUGAGGAAGUGGUCAUCGCUGCCACCGUCCCUUCUCAUGUGCCACAAGCGACGGCUGUGCACACCACUGUAGCACGCUGCCAUAGCCCCACCCUAGUUUGCAGCUAUGUCACACCAUACAGCCUGCGGGCAGCCUCACAGCAGACUGCAGCCAUCCGGGAGCAGGCACAGAGCCCACAGCACGGACGCCCGACCCAGGAGGCACCAAGCUCCAAGCCGUCAUCCACAAUGGAGGGAAGCCAGGAGGAGCCUGACCUCUGCACCCUCACCCUGGCAGAAAAGAUGGCGCUGUUCAACAGACUGGCGCAGCCUCCAACCAGGGUGACCCACACCAGAGGGGACACUCGGAAGCGCAGGUGCAACACCCGCUACCAGACGCAGCCCAUCACACUGGGAGAUAUGGAGCAGGAGUCUUCAGACGUAGACAACAGGGACGAACAGGAGCUGUGUGACAGCCCAGUAGAGCUGCUACACCUUCAGAAUGGUACCGGACACUUCCCCUCCUCAUCUUCAUCUUCGCCACUGAGAGCUGGAGGCACUGUUUCCACAGACCAUGCAGGAGACAUCCACAUAACCAGAGCACAAGCCCGGGUUGAGCACCCGCCUCCCUGCUCCGACAGGUCCCUGCCCCCUCGCCACCCAGACUGCCCGACCACUUGGUCCCAGGACGCCGCGCACCAGAGGCUUCAGGAAGAAGACGGAGUUGAUGUGGGAGCAGGCAAAAGGAAGAUUCCGUCUCCCGAAGGAUCCGUAAGACAGGCUGCUCCUUCGCAGCCCCUGACUGGAAGAGAGAGACGAGCAGAGGAAGAGGAGGUGGUCGUGGAGCAGCAGCUACUCAGAGGGAGGACGGGAACAGCGCAGAGCUUAGAGAACCACACGGACUGUCAAAGGAGCAGGGACGGCGUUAGAGCGCUGCCAGAGUUCACUGUGGCAGCAUCAGGUUCUGUCAGGCCUGUGUGUGAGCCUCCCACGGACGAAAGUGGCUCCUUAUCCAGCAUAGCUCACCCUGAGCAGGAGGACGAGCUGAGCGACAUGAUGACGGCCAGACACAUGUCCAUCAAAGAGAGAGUUGCCUUGUUGAAGAGGAGCGGUGAAGAAGACUGGAGGAACAGAAUCAAUAAGAAGCAGGAUGCGGUGAAGGUUGCUGUGGACGAGCAGCUUUGGGAGGUGGAGCAGAGCUUCAAGAAGAAGGAGCCAGACGUUGCCUCCAUUUUCCCCACCUCCCCUGAGCCUCCUUUUCACACGUCUUCAGCCGAUGAGUCCCUUAGUCAGGCCACCAGAUCUCCCAGAGCCGUGCAGGUGGAUGAGAAACACCCGUGGAGACGCAAGAGAGUUUGUGAAGAGGAGGCAGAGAGCGACAGGACUGAGGCUCACAUGUCCAUCCAGGAGAGGAAGCAGCUGAUAGUGGCCCGAGAGGAGGCCUGGAGGACCACAGGCUACGGAGCUGCUAAUGACUCAACACAGUUCACUGUGGCUGCACGCAUGGUGAAGAAAGAUAAACAGCCAGUGUGUGACGCUGUCCUGUGGGCCUGUGCUCCUGCAGGCUUGGCCUCACCCUCUGCCCUCACAGGCUCAGCACCAGCCAAACCCAAGAACUGCAGCGUCGCCAUCUCCAAACCACAAGAAGCAGAGAUCAAGGCUGUGCCAGACCUCAACUUGGAGUCGGACACGAAGUUGGAUAAACUGGAGUCAUUUCUAGGCAAACUGAACAGUAAAGCAUGCGGCCUACUAGAAGCCACCAUCACGGUCACAGAGAAGAAGGUGAAGGAAGUGAUGAACCUUGAAGACGAGACCUUCUCGAAGUUCUACCGGCAAGUGGAGGAGCUUCCUCCUCCUGCCACGAGCAAAGUGGAAAUCGAGGACGACUUUGAUGCCAUCUUUGGUCCCCAGGUGCCAAAACUGACCUCGGAGAUGGUGCAGCACAAGCGAGCAGUUCGCCCGGCGCGUAACGUCCAGGCUUCCAGAAACCCUCUGAAGAUGCUUGCAGCGAGACAGGACAUCCGACACGAGUACACGGAGCAGAGGCUCAACGUGGGCCUGUUGGAAAGCAAGAGGAUGAAGGCUGAGAAGAUGUCCAACAGCUCAGGCUUCUCAGAGGUAGCUCUCGCUGGACUCGCUAGCAAGGAAAACUUCAGCAGCAUCAACCUGCGUAGUGUCCAAAGCUGUGAACAGAUGUCCAACAACAGUGCCGUGCCGUACAAGAAGCUCAUGCUGAUGCAGGUCAAAGGCCGAAGGCACGUCCAGACUCGACUGGUGGAGCCCAGAGCAUCUUCUCUGAACAGUGGAGACUGCUUCUUGCUCAUCGCUCCGAACCACUGCUUUGUCUGGCUUGGAGAGUUUGCCAAUGUCAUCGAAAAAAACAAGGCUUCAGAGUUGGCCCACUUCAUCCAGAGCAAAAGAGAUUUAGGUUGCUGUGCCAACUACGUCCAAAUGAUUGAGGAGAGCGCUGGCGCACACAGCCACGCGGCAAAGGACUUCUGGAGAAUCCUGGGAGGGACAUCGAGUUACCAGUCCGCAGGAACCCCAGAUGAAGACGAGCUCUACGAGGGUGCCAUCGUGGAGACUAACUGCAUCUACCGGCUGAUUGAUGACAGACUGGUCCCAGAUGACGACUUCUGGGCCAAGAUGCCUCGCUGUUCUGUGCUCGUGCCCAAAGAGGUCUUAGUUUUUGACUUUGGCAGUGAGAUGUACAUAUGGCAUGGGAGGGAAGUGACUCUGGCCCAGAGGAAGGUGGCCUUCCAGCUGGCCAAGCACCUGUGGAACGGCACCUUCGAUUACACCAACUGUGACAUCAACCCACUGGACCCUGGGGAAUGCAACCCACUCAUACCCAAGAAAGGCCAGGGCCGACCUGACUGGGCGGUGUUUGGGAGACUGACUCAACACAACGAAACCACACUGUUCAAAGAGAAGUUUGUGGACUGGAGCGACUCCAGUCCUACAACAGGCACUAUUGACCACAUUCCUGAUCAGAAGGAACAGUCCUCCUCUAAACAGUCCCAGAUGUUUGCUGCCUCCCAGAUGCUGGCCCUCUGUCAGGCACCUGUCUGCACCACCCUGGACGGCUUCAACGUGGGCCGGGGCUACGGCCUGGUGGAGGUGGAGGACUGGCGGAGCUAUGACAUCAGCACCCUGGCAGUUGAAGUGUGGCACAUCUUGGAGUUUGACUACAGCCGCCUGCCUUGUCAGAGCAUCGGUCAGUUCCAUGAGGGAGACACCUACGUGGUAAAGUGGAAAUACAUGGUCUGCACUGCAGUUGGAAAGCGACAGACAGAGCAGCAGAAGACCGGGAAGGAGAGGUGCUGCUAUUUUUUCUGGCAGGGUCGCAACUCCACAGUCAGCGAGAAGGGAACAUCGGCGCUGAUGACCGUGGAGCUGGACGAGGAGCGAGGAGCACAGGUUCAGGUCCAGCAGGGGAAAGAGCCUCCGUGCUUCCUGCAGUGCUUCAAUGGAGGCAUGAUCGUCCACUCAGGGAAGAGAGAAGAGGAGGAAAACCCUCAGAGUGACUGGCGUCUGUACUGUGUGCGUGGCGAGGUGGAUGUGGAGGGUCACCUGCUGGAGGUGGCCUGCCACUGCAGCAGCCUGCGUUCCAGGGUCUCCAUGGUGCUGCUGGGCGUCAGCCAAGCCGUCAUCUACCUGUGGCAUGGCUGCAAGUCGCAGACACACACGCGGGAGGUGGCGCGCACCACCGCCAACAAAAUCAAACAGCAAUGUCCUCUAGAGACAGGCCUCCACAGCAGCAGUCGGGUGACCGUCCGGGAAUGUGACGAGGGAGAGGAGCCCACGGGAUUCUGGGAAGCCCUCGGGCGGAGAGACAGGAAGGCGUAUGACUGUAUGCUGCAAGACCCAGGCAGGUUUAAUUUCACACCUCGUCUGUACCAGUUGAGCAGCACUUCGGGGGAGUUUGCAGCGGUGGAGUUCCUCUACCCAGCCAGAGACCCCCAGCUGGUCAACUCCAUGCCUUUCCUGCAGGACGACCUCUAUGAAGCCUCCCAGCCCGCCCUGUUCCUGGUUGACAACCACCAUGAGGUGUACCUGUGGCAGGGCUGGUGGCCUCAGGACGAGGAACGCACCGGGUCAGCCUCCAUCCGCUGGGAUGCCGACAGGAAAUGUGCCAUGGAGACUGUGCUGCAGUACUGCAGAGAAAAGAAUGAGAAGAAGCCUCCCAAAGCGUAUCUGAUCCAUGCCGGCCUGGAACCGCUCACCUUCACCAACAUGUUCCCCAGCUGGGAGCACAGGGAGGAGAUCGCCGAGAUCACGGAGAGGGAGGCGGAGGUGUGUAACCAGAUCAUCCUGGUGGAGGACGUCCUGGCCCGGUUGUGUCAGAACACGUACACCCUGUCGGACCUCUUGGCCCGACCGCUGCCUGAGGGCGUGGACCCUCUUCACCUGGAGAUCUACCUGUCUGAUGAAGACUUUGAGGGUGUAGGGGCUUAUGAGAAAGCCCUGGACAUGACCAGAGACGAGUACGGCAGCCUGCCUGGCUGGAAGCAGGCCAACCUGAAAAAGGUCAAAGGACUUUUCUAGGAACCUGAACUGACGAAGCCAGAACAGCUGCUCUGUUCCUCACGCCUGGACCCGCACAGGCCCAGGUCGAGCCUCGAGGAUGGAGAGUCGUGGAAGAGGUGAGCGGGAAGUGUGGCAACUUCUUGUGCUGCCGGUUUCCUCCUCGCCAAGCGAGUGCCCUUACAGCCACACAGCCAUGUAGAGGAGCAGGUCUGCCAGCCUGGUCUCCGCUAUACAUGUAUCUAUGUGCAUUACAGAUCAUUUAUAUUUAUAGCAAAUCUAUGUAGGAAUUUUUAAAAAAAGGCUUCGUAAAUAAUUAGUGCUUAAAAUGGAAUAAAUAGUGUAAUUAUGUGUCGAGUGUCUUGUUUUGAGUAAAACUAGCUAUGAAGAAAUGUUUGUAUUUGUGCCUUAUGUGUACAGUUUAUAUGCAACAGACUUUUUUCUGAUAUAAAGAACUAAUAGAAAAAUAAAAGUCUGAACUGUG